GGGAGAGGAAGGAUGGACGGCACCACUGCCCCGCUCACCAAGUCUGCAGCUGCCAAAUUAGUUAAGAGAAAUUUCCUUGAGGCUCUCAAGUCAAAUGACUCCGGAAAAUUGAAGGCUAUUUUAAUCCAAAGACAAAUAGAUGUGGAUACAGUUUUUGAAGUGGAAGAUGAGAAUAUGGUGUUGGCAUCUUAUAAACAAGGUUACUGGUUGCCUAGUUAUAAAUUAAAGUCUUCCUGGGCAACAGGCUUGCAUCUGUCUGUCUUAUUUGGCCAUGUGGAGUGUCUGCUGGUCCUGCUGGACCACAAUGCUACCAUCAACUGCAGACCCAACGGGAAAACUCCUCUGCAUGUGGCUUGUGAAGUGGCCAACCUGGAUUGCGUGAAGAUCCUCUGUGACCGUGGGGCAAAGCUCAACUGCUACUCCCUCAGUGGACACACAGCUUUGCACUUCUGUACAACUCCAAACUCCAUUCUCUGUGCCAAGCAAUUGGUCUGGAGAGGGGCCAACGUGAACAUGAAGACCAACAACCAGGACGAGGAAACCCCUCUGCACACGGCUGCCCACUUCGGCCUCUCGGAGCUCGUGGCCUUCUACGUGGAGCACGGCGCCGUGGUGGACAGCGUGAACGCGCACAUGGAGACCCCGCUGGCCACCGCCGCCUACUGGUCCCUGCGCUUCAAGGAGCAGGAGUACAGCCACGAGCACCACCUCAUCUGCCGCACGCUGCUCCACCACAAGGCCGAGGUCAACGCCCGCGACGACGACUUUAAGUCCCCCCUGCACAAGGCGGCCUGGAACUGUGACCACGUGCUCAUGCACAUGAUGCUGGAGGCGGGCGCCGAAGCCAACCUCAUGGAUAUCAACGGCUGUGCGGCCAUCCAGUACGUGCUGAAGGUCACCUCGGUGCGGCCGGCCGCCCAGCCCGAGAUCUGCUACCAGCUGCUGCUGAACCACGGGGCUGCGCGCAUAUACCCGCCGCAGUUCCACAAGGUGAUCCAGGCUUGCCAUUCUUGUCCCAAGGCCAUUGAAGUUGUAGUGAAUGCCUAUGAGCACAUCAGGUGGAACAUAAAGUGGAGAACAGCUAUCCCUGAUGAUGACUUGGAGAAAUACUGGGAUUUCUACCACUCUCUCUUUACUGUCUGCUGCAACUCUCCAAGGACACUCAUGCACUUGUCGCGAUGCGCUAUUCGAAAAGCUUUAAACAGCAGAUGCCACAAAGCAAUUCCUUUGCUUUCUCUCCCAUUGUCAUUGAAAAAGUAUUUGCUUUUAGAGCCUGAAGGAAUCAUUUAUUAAGCCUUAUGAGACAGCAGUUCGCAAUCUUAGAUCUUUAAGUGGAUUUGUUGGUUAGACUCAGUUUGCUUAAAUAAAAUGGUACUUAGGUUGAUUAUAACAGGUCAGGGAUUUGAAAACACUUUACACACACUCUGUCAUUAAUCCCAGGGUAUCAUGGUGAGGGAGGAUAAGAAGUAAAGUUAAGGAAUUUUCAAAGACAAGGUUGCAUCCAGAAGGUACUGAUGUAACAGUAAUAUCUCAUGUAUAGCGCUCUUACUAGAUGCAUGAUACAUUCUGUGAAGCUUUUCGUAUGUUGUCUAAAAUGGGACCCAGGUUUUCUUAAAACCAAUCUCAUUCUCUACCUUACCACUAAUACGUUUACAUUACCAUUUAAUUUUCAAUAUAGCGAGUUUAA